AUGAUAAAACUAACUGUAUCUCAAACAACUGGAACUAUAAAUUGCAGAGAAAGAAACAGACUUGUAACAAGUCCAAAAUCAGAUGCUUAUGAUUGUGUGGAUAUAAAGGAACGAGAUACGUUAAUCCUGGCUUGUCACUUUUGUAAUGAAAAUGAUGAUGAUUCUGCCAAAAACUGGUAUAAAAGUGACAGACUUGGUUUAGGUCAAGGAAAAGAAGUGGUAUAUGAUAUGAAGAAUGAAGAAAAAGAUAAUAGAGUUAUAUUAACAACUGACCACGACUUGGUUGUUUAUAACUUUACUGAAAACGAUACCGGAUUGUACUAUUGCAAACGAUAUGGUUCUGAAGGUAUAUCAGAUAAAUUUAGUUUCUUGGUGGAUAUUAUAAUAUCCCAAAAUAGUUCUGAAUAUGUGAGCGGUAAUGUUUCAAAAUGGAAAGAUUAUCACGAUUCAAAAAUCCACCCGAUAAAUGAGCAAUUAAAGAAGGCGAAUUCAAAGGAGUUGGCGUAUUUAAAACAUAGUCUAAACUUGACCUUUGAGGUUACAAACCAUUGGGGUUCUUGGGGAGAAUGCGAUGCUUGUUUUAAACCGCAGGGAGAGGGAACGAGAAAAAAGUUUGGGUAUUGCAGGGUAAAAAUACUAAAUAAAGCCAAGCAAUACAGAAAACCGAAAAACAAAAAAGAGGAAUUUUUAAUGAACGCUUCUGAAAUGGGUUGCGGUUCAAAGAAAUUAAUGGAUUUGAUACCUGAAGUGAGUCUUUUAGCGAAGAUUAUACCUUAUUUUAUACAGGAAGACAAAUGCGACACUGUGUGUGGUAAGGAUAAGCUUAAACAAUUUUUGAUUGGAAAAGGAACUCAAUUUAAGUAUAGAAAAACGUAUGUUCUUCAACAAGAUGCUCAUUUGAUUAUAGUAUGUCCUGAAUCCUCCAUAGAUAGUUCAAUUGUUUGGAGAAGAAAUGGCAAAGUUAUUAAGACUGGAUAUAAUGACGAUCAUGUUCUUGUAGAUUCCUUUAACAGUUUAUAUUUAACAGAUGUAACACCUGACCAAGAAGGGAAUUAUACGUGUUAUGUUGGAGAUAUGCGAAUGCAACAAGUUAAGGUGUUUGUAGUAAAAAAAUCGCAAAUAUUAACUAAAGCUUUCGUUAGAUAUCUAGGUUAUUUAGCAUUUAUCCUGUCAUUAACAUUAUCGUGCUAUUGUGCAGGAUUAGUUAUAACUUUUAACAGACGACGUUACUUUCUGACGUUUCAGGAGCUGAAGCAAGACGAGGCAAGAGGAAUCAAACACAAUUUCUUGUUUUGA